UUUCAGUGUUGCAAAUAAACAUUGUCAAUCAAUAUACACCGUAAAAUUACCUGAUCGGAAAUUGAAAUACGCAGAAAACGACAUUGAACAAAGAGAAAUCGUUUCUGGCAUCUAUCCAUUUUCCUCGUAUAAUUCAGCAAGAAAACGGAGAAUUACUCAGCCCUUGAAUUGGGGAAGAUAGUGCGAUUUGUAAGUCGCAGCAAGAAGGAUUUGUGUCGUGCUUUUGUGCUUGGCUUUGCGUAUAAAUAAUUGGCUUUUAUUCAAGAAAACUCACGCGAUAUAACGAACAAUAGAGAAACCUUGGUAGAAGAAAGAUUUAGUCCUGAAGUAGUCUGAUUUGCCAAGCGAUAUCUACCUAUUUCUAGUUCAAUUCUACGGUUUAACUACAUGAAAUAUGUGUAUGCCCUGGGUCAGAUGCUUGCUGUUUGUGAUAUUAAUGUGUUUUACCGCAUCUAGCAGCGGUGUUGAACCUUCCACAAGCUGCAGCGCUAACACAGUUUUUGACAUCAUUUAUGAUUAUAAGGAUGACGUACAAGCAGUUUGGUCACCAUCAGUUCCAAAUGCAAACUACUCUGUAACAGUUUGCUGUAACUAUACGAAUCCGGAAAAAUCCGAAGAUAUUAAUGAAAAAUGUCCCAAAUGCCCAAAUUAUUCAACUCUUAAAGAUUCAGAAUGCAUUAAUCGCCCAAAGAAGAAAACUGAAUGUCCUUUUCUAAAAAAUUUAAAAAUGGAUACUAUAGACAUUAUAUAUGGCAAGUUGAUUAUCCAAAUUCCUGGAUGUUCAAAGAAACAUAUGGAAACAUCUAUAGAACCUAUUGCGGAUUACAUGAAGCUCAGGCCAGUCGAGAAGCUAACACUUCACAGAAAACAUGGUGGAUUCGUAGCAACUUGGGAUCAUUUAGAUGAUAUGGAAUUAUGUUAUUUCUAUAAUACAACAGAACUUUUAGACAAUGGGAAGAAACGAGAGCUUCCAGGAGGGAAAACUGAACUGAAAACAUUUUCUUCUUUGAACAAAUACGGCCGCUUUAAUUCCAACACACAUUAUGAAUUUUGUGUCAGGUUACGUUAUUGUAAAUUUGUGAAAAGUCCGCUGUCUGAGAUGAACUGUAAGAAAAUUAAGUUACCACCUUCUGCACCAUCGAAGUCCAUCAAGCUGUUGUGUGGUGUCAAAGGCUUCCCUGAUUGUCUUAUUGUUAAGAAUGAAAUGAAGCAAAAUGUCACUCUAAUUUGGAAGCUACCAGAGAAAAGUUCAUGGAAUGGGCAGCCAACAGUGAUAAUUAUUAAGAUUAUAGGUGAAGGCGAGAAUGAAAAUGACACCUAUUCUAAAACAAUUAAUGCAACAAGAACAAAUUACACAUUAACAAAUUUGAAACGAGAAGUCAUGUACACUAUAGAACUGACAUUUUGUAGCAAUGGUGGAAACGGGCCAAGUACAUCACUUACACUUCAUAAAGAUGUUGUCAAUGAAAAUGGCUCACUGAAAAAUGGAAAUGGUGUGGAUCCUGUGAUGUUGAUCAUAAUUUGUGUUGCCUCUGGUCUUUUGCUAAUAAUUGUUUCUGGCAUUAUAGGGCUCAUAUGUUGGAGAUCCAGAAAGCAUAGAUUGGAUUCAAUACCUGACCUACAUGUGCCAAGAGAAGGAGAAAGAAACCACACUGGUACUGAUCCUGGUUUAAAAACCAAUCCUUCAGAAUACAACUACAUCACAGAAGAAGAUCAAUUGGAUUUGUCAGACAAAACAUCUUACGAAAAACUGUCAUGUGACGGAUCCAGCUCAGGUAAGAGCAGUAAUGACAGUGUAACCUGCCCUCUCGUCCCACCCUCCCGUGAUACUGGCCGAGAUGACGUCACAUACUAUGCUGAGAGGUCUGGUGACAAAAAUGGUUACAUACGAUCAUCAAGUGAAGAAGGUACAAAUGUUUAAAUGUGCUUUAUAUCAUGCAUGCUUGUACAUCAGUACGCGGAGAUUGGUUGUACCAAAACCUGCUUAGGUAGUAUCUUUUUUUUUGAGCAAUCAGAAAUGGAUUCACAACUCUUUUUUUGCAUGACCUGAUGACCAUAUUUCCACUCGCAUAAGAGCUUGAUUUUCGGUGUUCCCUUUGAAUCUUUCCAAUAAGAAAGAACUUUCACAUUUGAUCAGAUCAGGAAAAAUUACAUUUGAUAUUUAAAAUAUACGCGUAACUGUAUAAAACCUACCAGGGGUGUAGGCUAGCUCCAGGCUAUGAGAUCGGAAGGACGCAUUACCAGUUUGUUCAAAAAAUUAUUUAUUAUGGAGGAUGUAUUAAGAAACAAACACUUAAUAUAUUCUCACCCUAUUAUAUAUUACCUAAAGAAGGUUUUGAGCAACCAAACACUUUAGUCUAUGAUAACUGACCAGCGGGAUAACACUGUGCGCUUUCCAACUACGGCCUAUCAGCACAACUGGUCUCUCUCUCAAAUGCGUAGAUAAAAUGUUCAAUUAAGUAGGAUGAUCCCAUAUUACUUCUAAAAAUGCCGAUUGUUUCUAAGUGCAGCAUUGACUGGACUGGUCAUCUACAAAAGCGGAAAGCUUGCAGUGUUUUCUAGCUAUGUGUUUAACGUUAGCAACAAAAACAUUGCUGCAGAAACAUUUUCUUUCUGUUUCCAACGAGAAACAGGUUUGAAAUUGUUUUGCAACAAUGCUUUUUAGUUACCAUGACAAGAAGUGGAUCUGAGUCAUUGUUUUUAAUGAUAUAAACAUCAAUUUAUUUCACUAAAUAUUUAAAGUCUUCUCAUUUAGCAUGAAUAAUAUUCGAGGUACUGUAUUCAACAAUUAAUGUGCAGUCUUUAGAUAUUUAAAGCCAUGUUACACGGUGCAAUUUUCCUUGCAAUUUGCCAUGCAAUUCUACUUUAAAGAGAUGUAAAUUAGUGAAGAGUCUUUAAAAUAUAAGCGCAAGAUUAAGCGCCAUGGAACGUAAUAAAGACAGAAGUUCGCUACUUGCCAAAUUUACAUCUGUCAAAAAAAGAAUUGCAUUGCAAGUUGCAAGAAAAAUUGCACCGUGUAACAUGCCCUUUAGUGUGAAAAUCAUUAUGUAACAUCGUAGAAUAAUUCAUUACAGCAUGUCACAUGAUACCUGAAGCCUACUGGUUUUCCACUAGCGUUAAUUUUCGGGGACAUUCUACUUUUGUUUCAGAGCUCUCGAACGCGACCAUUUGGAACAAAUUGCUCAAAUACAAAAGAAUAAAUUCGCUUCGCGCGAAAAAUAUUGCUAGUGGAAAGCCGGCCUUAGUUGAUGUUCGCGGGCAUAAAUAUGUUUUUGGUAAUUGCCAAAAUUUGUGCAUGAUGUAUUCUGGGUCGAGCCGAAAACAUUUUUAUUCCUAAGAACAUCAACUGUAUUGCAAUCAAUUUAGUAAUGUCUCGAAGCAAAUUUAUUUUAGAUUGAAAUUGUUUCUGCCUAAAGCGCUAGGUUGUAUUUUUAUUUCAAAAUACACGUAAUGCCGAAUAAAGUGAUUUCUCCAGAGGUUUCCUCUCAUCUAAACCAGGACAGGUAUCGACUGGGUAUGAAUUAUUCUACAAUUUUUAGAACUGAAAUCUUUACUCUUCCGGUAGUUAUGAAAGAAGAAAGUAGCAAUUUUAAUAUCGAUUUAAUUUUUGUUUUCACGAAAGAUGCGUUCUAUGCACAAGUUUCUUCAAUUUGCAUCAUCAGCGUUGUAUAUUAAGUACCACAAUUCAAUGCUACAGACGUAUUCGAAAGAUAGCAUAAGGCCUGUUCCAAGUUACCAAAUGCUUCAAAAUUUCAAUAUUAUUUGUUAAUUUUACUUUUCGCCUGGUGAAGAAACACGAAAACGCGACCAUUUGUUGUUUUCUAGUCAAAAUAAAAACAAAUGAUCCUGCAUGAAUUUUCGGCAGAAAAAACUGACUUGCUUCAGCGUAACUUGCAGUAGACCUCUUGCUAAGUUUCAAAUAGGUCUAUACCCUUUAUAAUGAAGUUGCAAUCUUUGACAGGUGGUAAAUUGUCCUAUGUUCGAUAUUUGACCAAAUUGGAGAUACUUUCAUUACACUUCAAAUCUGAAAACACGUACUUUCUUUUUGGUCCAUUUUCUUAUAACGGCAUGCAUGGUGUUCAUACCUUGAGUAAUUCACGGCCUAGUUCAUAUUGCAGUUCACUUUACUAGUUUGAUCAGGUUAUACUCUUAUAUAAUCCAUUUAUGACCGUUCCUCAAACACAAA